UGCACUGUCGCGAAGCGCUGGUGGCUCUGUGUGUUGGGUACUUGCUGUUUCUAGAGUGGAAGACAUGGAUUCAGGAGCCAUGGGCAGCGGGGAGCCAGGGGCUGAGCAGAUACCCGGCAUGUGGUUCGAUGGCACAGAGGAUUUCACCACAACCUUCCACCAGCAUGUGUUGAAGUACGCUCCACUAAUUUAUACAAAUGAGGUGCUACCACAAAUCGAGAGGGAAGAGUUGGCGCAAGUCACGUUUCUCACCCCUUUGGAGUGGUAUCUGUUUGGAGAGGAUCCCAGUGACUUCAUGGAGAAACUCCAGCAAAGUGAGUCCCCUCCAUUGUGUGGAAGGGUGUUUACAGGAGGGGAGACCACAUAUUCAUGCAGGGAUUGUGCACUUGAUCCGACCUGUGUCCUUUGUAUGAACUGUUUCCAAAAUAGCGUCCACAAGAAUCAUCGCUACAAGAUGCAUUCUUCUAUGGGUGGCGGAUUCUGUGACUGUGGUGACACAGAGGCUUGGAAAACGGGACCUUAUUGCAAAAUCCAUGAACCCGGCUCAUUGAAAGAGGAUACAGGAUUUCGGUUGUCAGAAGCGCUCUUGGCUCAGACAAGGAAAGUCUUCCCUGUGAUUAUCCGACUUAUUGUGGACAUGUUAAUGUGGGAGGAACAAAAGCGUCUACCACAGUAUUUGGAUACAGGCCCAGAGACGUCGAACCACUAUUACUGUGUCCUUUUCAACGAUGAACAUCACUCUCAUGAUCAUUUCAUCUACAGUCUUCAGAGAUCCCUGGGUUGUGACCUCAAGGAAGCACAAACAUUGAUGACAGCCAUUGAGAGAGAGGGUCGCAGAGCUGUCAAAGAGAGCACUUUACAGGAAUGCCAGGAAGUAACAGAAAAUCUAAAGACCUAUUCAGAGAACGUUUCCUUGAGGCCCCUCCAUGUGGAGGUGUUACCGGCCCGUGUAAUGGCAUAUCAGAGUUUUGCUCUGAGUCUAGGGAAUUGGCUGAAUAAACUCUUGGCCUAUUCUAGUGAUUUUCGGCAGAUCUUUUGUCAAGUUUGUCUGGAACAAGAGGCAACAUACGGUUCUAAUCAGAUGUGCUAUAUCAGUCUGAUGAUUCUUUGGGAUGCAAAGCUCCCAAAAGGUGUUAGGAAGGUUCUACACAACCUGAUCUUCAGCAGUUUUUUUAUGGAAAUGGAGUAUAAAAAACUAUUCGCCAUUGAGUUUGUGAAGCAUUACAAACAGGUGCAGAAGGAAUACAUGGACGAUGAUCGUGACCGGAACAUCUCUGUAACUGCUAUUUCUGUUCAGGUGUUCACUGUUCCGACCCUGGCUCGGAUGCUCAUAGAGGAUCAAAAUGUCAUUACGGUCAUCACAGAGACGCUCCUGGAAGUCCUACCAGAAUAUCUAGACACCGACAACAAGUUUAACUUCCAGGGCUAUAGCCAGGACCGAUUCUGCCGAGUGUAUGCUAUAAUCUGUGAUCUCAAGUAUAUUCUUAUCAGCAUACCAACAUCCUGGUCAGAAAAGUUGAAAGUCAAGUUCCUAGAGGGAUUUAAGUCAUUCCUAUAUGUUCUAUCCUGUAUGCAGGGUAUGGAGGCCAUCAGCAGGAUGGUAGGACAACAUGUGGAGAUGGACUCUGAUUGGGAAGCUGCUAUUGCCAUGCAGAUGCAGUUGAAGAAUGUCUUGAUGCUGAUACAGGAAUGGUGCGGCAGCAAUGAAGAGAUCUUAAUGGAGGCCUACAAGGCUUGCCAUCAGACAGUCCUACAAUCUAGCAAUGCUACCAGUAGCCUUCAGAAUGUAAAAAUACGAAUUUGUGGACACACUUAUGAAAGCCACCCUUUCCGAGUGUCUUCGGAUCCCGUGAGCAUACAUCUACCCCUGUCUCGACUUUUGGCUGGUCUGCACGCACAGCUGAGCAAGACAGGAGCAAUCGCCAGACUUCCUCAGAAUAUUCACCCUAAGGAGUUCAUGGUGGAACAGCUUGUUGAGUAUCCUUUGAGGUGUCUGGUGCUUGUCGGCCAGGUGGCUGCGGAGAUGUGGCGCAGGAACGGGCUCACUAUAAUCAGCCAGGUGUUUUACUACCAAGAUGUUAAGUGCAGAGAGGAGAUGUAUGAUAAAGACAUUGUGAUGCUUCAGAUUGGAGCUUCCUACAUGGACCCAAAUCACUUCCUUCUAUUGAUGCUCCAAAGGUUUGAACUGGAAGCAUUUUUCUCUACGGCUUCAUCGCCCACCAAAGAUAUGGACCUGGCAAGACAAAGAAAUAUCUUAAUUGAAGAAAUGCUUCAUGUCCUUAUUUGUGUAAUUGGAGAGCGAUACGUGCCUGGGAUAAGCAAUGUAACCACUGAGGAAUGCAUGAUGAGAGAGAUCAUUCACCUGCUUUGCACAGAAUCCAUGGCUCACAGUGCUAUUGCCAAGGCCUUGCCAGAAACUGAAAAUGCUGACAUCUGUUUGGAUGAGGUGAUCCGUAAAGUGGCCACUUUCAAGAAGCCUGGAGUGUCCGGACAUGGAGUUUAUGAGCUGAAAGAGGAAUACUAUAAUCAGUUCAACAUUUUCUUCUAUCAUUAUACCAAGACACAGCGCAGUAAGGCUGAACACACACAGAAGAAAAGGCGAAAGCAAGAAAAUAGUUCUGAAGCAUUACCCCCACCCCCACCUCCAGAGUUCAGCCCUGCAUUUCGGAAUGUGAUUAAUCUUCUGCACUGUGAUGUCAUGAUGCACUUACUUCGUACCCUCCUACGCAGGGCAACAGAUGAUGAGCCAACGGCUUGGACUGAAGCCAUGAUACAAAUGGUACUCCAUAUUAUCGCUCUGGGUUUGAUUGAAGAAAAACAGCAGUUACAAAAAGCAACGGAGGAAGAAGUAUCUUUUGAAUUCUAUCACAAGGCAACAAGACUCGGGAGUGCAGAUGUCAAUGCUGGGAGUGUUGUGACCCUGUUAGACAAACUGAGGUGCAUCACUCAGCUGGAAUCACAGAAAGACAUGAUCAGCUGGGUGCGGCAGAUGUUUGAAGCUGUGAAGAGGCUGAGAGAGAAGUCUGGGCAAACCGCUAUAGCAGCAAUUUCCUCUGAUGUCACAGCAGGCGAUGAGGUACAGAGUCCCGUAGAGAAGGAGAAACGCAAGCGGAAAGCAGAGGCAGCGAGGCUCCAUCGGCAGAAGAUCAUGGCCCAGAUGUCAGCUCUUCAAAAAAAUUUCAUUGAAACUAACAAACUUCUUUAUGACAGCACUUUAGAAUCACCAGUAUGUGCCACUCCAAUGGAAGAAAGUUAUCCAGAUGAAGAAGGCUCCACGAUUGCCUUGGGGCCGAAGCGUGGCUCCUGUGUUCCUGAUAAGGAAGUGCUGACUUGCAUUCUGUGCCAAGAGGAACAAGAUCUUAAACUGAACAGCCAGACUAUGGUGUUAACUGCCUGUGUUCAGAAAUCUACCACUUUAUCCCAGUGUUGGGGCAAAUCUGUCAUACACUCAGGUGAGACCUUUGAUCCUCUUUUCACACACCCAGAGCUGUCUUGUGGGACCCAUACAGGCAGCUGUGGACAUGUAAUGCAUGCCGUAUGUUGGCAAAAGUUUUUCGAAGCUAUACAGUUGACCACACGGCAGCGUCUUCAUGUAGAUCUGAUUUUCGAUUUGGGAAAUGGGGAGUACCUUUGUCCACUUUGCAAAUGCCAUUGUAACACAGUCAUACCCAUCAUCCCUCUUGUUGCUGAGCAAGUGAAUAGUGUUGAUGCUGACGCUAUCGGCCAAGUAUUGUCCUUUUCCCGAUGGCUGGAUAUGAUCGCUGCUAGAAUUUCUGGUUAUAAACUGAAAAUCACUAAAGGGGAUAAUUCCAUAUCACCUGAAUUCCUUGAAUGUCAAGAGGGUCAGAGCCAUGAAUUCCGCUCCAUCUUAAGCUAUGGUGUUCAGUCUCCGCCCAGCUAUUCCACAACCACAAAAGAAAUGCUGCUGCACUUUGCUACCACUGUGUACCGCGUGGGCCUCUGUGUUGGGCCCAACGAAUCUGACCCACGUCUGGCCCUCAUGACCUGGAACACUUGUGCCUUCAGCAUCCAGUCCAUAGAGACCUUACUGGAUGAUGACGAUAAACCAUUAUUUGGAGCUUUGCAGAACAGACAGCAUGCAUGCCUCAAAGCCUUGGUAAAAUUCGCUGAAGCACAACGGAUAACAUGUCCCCAAACUACGAUACAGAAACACCUUGUUCAGUCGCUGGCAGUGUUUCUGCCGAACAUCAAGCUGGUGGACACCCCUUGCUUCCUGUCUGUGGAUGUGUUUCAUUUACUGGUAGGGUCAGUAUUGGCUUUCCCGACUCUGUAUUGGGAGGAAUCUGUCUGCCUGCAUCCUUCAUCUCUGAUCUCUGCUUACAACAAUCUCUACCUCUUCCAUCUGCUCACAAUGACUCAUAUUCUGCAGAUCAUUUUCACGUCAGCCACAGACACUAUGCCUUCUACAGAGCCAAUCGACUGUCCAGAGGCUGAGACUGCUGCAACUCUGUGUCGGAACAUUUCUCAGCUCACCAACGGGUGCUUAGCAGCAGAUAUUCCUGGCUGGUAUGUGUGGGACUGUGUGAAGAAAGGAAUUCUGCCGUAUCUGCGAUGUUCAGCCCUAUUUUUCCAUUACUUGCUGGGAGUGAGCCCUCCAGAGGUGCUGAAAUCACCAGCAUCUCCCGAUGCCCAGCUGGAAGCUCUCUGUACCUACCUCUCUUUACCAUCCAACGUACUCCUGCUAUUUCAAGACUACUGGGACACUGUGACGCCACUUAUUCAGAGGUGGGGAUCUGAUCCUUCUGUUCUGAGCGUUCUAAAUGGGGAAACUACUGCACUCAGGUAUCCACGGAAACAUAACACUUUAACUAAGCUCCCGGAUGACUACAGCGUACUCCUGAACCAAGCCUCCCAUUUUAGAUGUCCGAAAUCUCAGGAUAAUGAACGGAAGCACCCGGUUUUAUGUUUACUGUGUGGCACAGUUCUCUGCUCCCAGAACACCUGCUGCCAGGAGCUGGUAGAUGGGGAGACAUUGGGAGCUUGCACCUCACAUGCCCUACAGUGCGGAGCUGGGAUCUGCAUGUUCCUCAAAAUCAGAGAAUGUAAGGUGGUCCUAAUAGAAGGGAGAACGCGAGGAUGUAUAUACCCCGCCCCGUAUUUGGAUGAGUACGGCGAAACUGACCCAGGAUUGAAGCGAGGAAACCCACUCCAUCUGUCACACGAGCGAUAUCGGAAACUGCACCAGCUAUGGCAACAGCACUGCAUCGUUGAAGAAAUUGCCCGCAGCUUGGAGAUCAGUCAAAUAUUCUUUGGUUUUAAUUGGAGCUUGCUCUAAAACACUCUCACUGCACAGGGUGGAAGCUUUAACUUAUAUACUCCUCACAUCCCUGAGACUCACUGGAGACUAUUUUUCUUAAAAUUAUCUUCCUGAAUUGCACGAGUCCCUUCUGUAGGUGUUCUCUCCUCAUUCUCCUUACCUAUCAGUUCGAGGUAAUGUAAUCCAAAGCCUCCUACCGUUUACCGGUUUAUUAAACUGGUGUGAAACCAUACUGACUUUAUUUUAGCUGGUGUCUUUCCUUGACUAUACAGUAUAUAUGUUGGAUCAUUUGAGCAAUGGAUAACAUAUAUUUGUUUAAUAAAGUAAAUUCUGUUUAUAAUAUCAAA